GGAAGUACCUUCCCUCUCUCCGUCGCGCGCGCGCAUGCAAAUCGCAUUGACAAUUGACAUGGCGCAGCUCGUCGCGGAGAGCGACUCGGGUAUUCCUGCCUACGAAUAUCAAGAUAUUAAUAGCACGGUGUUCCAUGUGGGAACUCUGGCAAAAUUAUGGAAAGAAAGACUGCCUGCCGAUGUUUAUUCUUUUGAAGAGCCUGCCCAGGACAGCUCCGCUCAAGAAGAUGCUGUGUUUGGGGCAGAAAUGGCCCUCAACUCCGAAACUGUGGAAGAAAUCAGUACGUUGUGCAGUCUGGACACACUAAAGUGCUAUUCAGAAGGGGAGUCUCCUGAUGUUGAAACGAUACCUGUGGAUGCACUUGAUAGUCUGUCAUCUUUAAGAAUUCGGAAAACAAAGCAAGACGUUCGAGAGCAAACUAUUUCUAAGGACUAUCUGGGCAGGCAUGAGAAUUAUGUUCAUGAGCUGGAAUCUCAUGCAUUGGGAAAGAAGUCUACAAACCCAGAGGACAACAUUGAAGAAGGUGAACUUGUCCUUACUGUAAACAUUCUUUAUCCAGCAAUAUUUCAAGUGAGGAAAAGGGUAAAGCCACAUCAGACAAUGAUGAUACUGGGCAGUCAAAAGCUUACCCAACUUCGAGAUGCAAUUUGCUGCCAGAGUGACUAUCAGAUUAGUGGCGAAUUCAGCAAUACUCCUGACCUCGCGCCUGAGCACAUCAGUAAGGACCAUUUCAAAUCGGCUUUCUUUUACUUUGACGGAGUCUUCUACAACGAUAUGAGGUUUCCGGAGUGUAGGGAUCUCAGCAAGAACAUCAUAGACUGGACAAAGUCAAAUGAAAGAGGCUAUGAAAAGUUCCAGACAGCCAGAAUGGAAAACACCACAUUCUGCGACCUGAAGAUUAAAGUUGGCUAUCCUUACCUGUACUGUCAUCAGGGGGACUGUGAGCAUGUAGUCAUCUUUACAGACGUCAGACUCGCACAUCGAGAUGAUUGCCGUGAUAAGACGAUGUAUCCGCUGCUGAUGCGAAAACACUGGAUUCUUUCUCGAAAGUGUUUUGUGUGUAAAAUGUACAUUGCAAGGUGGGUGACCAACCAAGACAGCUUUGCCCCCGCAGACCCCUGUUUUUUUUGUGACACUUGUUUCCGAAUGCUGCACUACGACAAACAAGGAAACAAACUUGGCGAAUUUCUGGCUUUCCCCUACGUGGACCUGGGGACGUUUAACUGAAGGCCUCAUUUACUUGACAGGACUGUGAUGUAUAAAUACUUUCAAGUUAUUUUUUUUUUCCUAAGUUUAUUGCUGAGAUUUUCAAGAUAUGUCUUUUAAGAUGGUCGUCUGUAAAGCUCAAAUUUUAAACACGUUAACUGGGCUCAAUUAAUCACUGAUUGCAUAAACUGCAAUACGGGCAAAUUACGUCCACGAAGUAUAAAAACUGUGAAACAGACUCGCCCUUACUGAAAUGUGACAUUUGCAGACGUAGUACUUAUACAUAAUAAAAUGCUUUGGAAAUA